GUUAAAAAUCAGUGUAGUGAAUAACACAAUCUUAAAUUAUUUGAAAUUGCUGUGUGCAGUAUUGUUAUUAGAAGACAUUUCUGUACUGUGACACAUUGAUUUGUCAGAAACCCUUCUUAAGUAGUACAUAAUUCUAGAGCAAAUUAUGAAUAAAUUUUUCUGAUACGAGGGUGUAAACAUUUGCAGAAGAAUACAUUUUGAUCAGCUUUACGUAGGCGAGCGACAGCUAGAAAAGCUGCUUAGGACUGUUUUACAACCAAGUACUUUUAUAUUCCUGUCGGGGAAACGAAUAGUUGUAGUGAAAUACUGUGACUUUAUUAAAAUGGUACUGAAUAUUGCAUCAAAGAUAAAAUUCUGUGAUUUGUGUGAAGUAUGCGAGAAUAUUCAAAAAAGUCCCAAAGAAAAGGCAUGUUUGAUUCUGAGGAAAUACAUCACUGAAUAUAGAAAACUAGGAGAGAGACUGAAAACAGAGGAUCAACAGGCAGAAAUCAGCUUCUAUCCUGUGCUAAGGCUGUUGAUACCGAAGUUUGAUAGAGAAAGACCAGCAUAUGGUGUUAAAGAACAUGCUCUGGCUAAGAUUUAUAUACGCAUACUUUGUCUUCCUAAAGGUGGGAUGGAUGCAGAAAAACUGCUGAAUUUUAGAUCUCCAAAAGCUGGUGUGAAUCAGGCAGGAGAUUUUGCGGAAGUGGCAUACUUUAUUCUGAAAAACCGUUGCGGAGAAGGAAAGAAAUUUACUGUGGAAGAUGUGAAUUCCCAUCUUGAUGCACUGGCUCAGAAACAUGCAGCUCAUGAUCGCAGAGGAAUGGAUGGUGAGUUAACACUGUUAUUAACUGGAAUGUCUGAAAUGGAACAGAAGUGGUUAAUCAGGAUGAUACUGAAGGACAUGAAGCUUGGUGUUGGCCACAUUGGUAUUUUCAACGCAUUUCAUCCUGAUGCCUCAGCACUGUAUGAUGUAUCAAAUGAUCUAAGCAAGGUCUGUACCCUCCUUCAUAACCCAGACAGGCAUGAAGUGGAAAUAACUAUCUUCUCUCUUGUUCGACCAAUGUUAUCUGAACAGUGUGAUAUUCAGAAGGUGGAAAACUGCAUGAAGAACAGUGCCUUUUAUUAUAUAGAGACAAAACAUGAUGGAGAAAGGUUUCAGAUUCAUUUUAUGACUGGCACAUUCAAGUAUUUUUCAAGAAAUGGCUUUGACUAUACAGCCAUUUAUGGCAGCAAUGCAAUGACAGGAGUUCUCACGCCACUGUUGUCAAAACAGUUGCAACCUGGUGUUCAAAGUUUCAUUAUUGAUGGAGAGAUGAUGGUCUGGGACAAGAACAUUGUCGCAUUUCGAUCCAAAGGUGACAACAUUGACGUCAAGUCAUUGAAGGGUGGUAGCUAUUUACAACCAUGCUAUUGUGUGUUCGACAUACUUUUUUAUAAUGGUGAAGUUUUGACUAAUAAGCCAUUGUGUGACCGUAUCAAAUAUCUCAACAGUCUCAUUACUCCUUGUGAAGGGGUUGUGUUACAAACAGAAAGAAAUAUAGUGAAGACCAAGGAUGAAGUGAUAGAACAUUUAAAUGAAGCCAUUGACAAUAAAUUAGAGGGAAUAAUCCUUAAAGAUCCAGAGUCAGUGUACAAGCCAAACUCGAUAAAAGCUGGAUGGUUCAAAAUAAAGCCUGAGUAUACAGGAGGUUUAAUGGAUCAAGUGGAUGCCAUAAUUAUUGGUGGUUACUAUGGUGAUGGACGAAGAAGAGGAAUCAUUAGCCACUUUCUUUUGGCAGCAGCUGUUUCAAAAGAUGGAGCAGAGCCAGAGGAGUUCCACUCCUUAGUACGUGUUGGUUCAGGGUAUACAAUGGCUAAGCUUGAGGAACUUAUCCAGAAGAUGAAACCACAUUGGAGGAAAUGUUCUCCUGGGGAAUGCCCUCCGGGUAUUAUUUGGACGAAAGAGAAACCAGAAGUAUGGAUAGAGCCAAAAAAUUCUUAUAUUUUGCAGAUAAAAGCAACAGAAAUUGUUGAAAGUAGCUCAUUUAAAGUAGGAUAUACUUUACGGUUUCCACGAGUGGAAGAAAUACGCUAUGACAAAAAGUGGACUGACUGUAUUACUGUGUCAGAACUGACAGACUUAUGGCAAAGGGCAUCAGGGAAACUCUACAGUCGGCAUGCUUACUCUAUUGAUCCUGAGGCAUCUUCUCCCAAAAAGAAAAGAACUACGAACCACCAGCCGCAGCUUGGAAAGCAGUUCUGCAGUGCAGAUGUUUCAACUGCUACAAUCAAAUCAACUCUCUUAGAGGGAAAGGAAUUCUGUGUCAUGUCUGACUACAAUGGCAUUACAGUGCAACACAUUGAAACACAAAUUUAUGAAAAUGGAGGAAAAUUUGUCAAAAAUCCAGGUCCUUCUACAUUUUGUGUGCUAGCUGCCGAAAAAAACAUUCGAGUGCAAAGUCAUUCCAAUUCAAAGCAGUACAAUGUUAUACACACAGAAUGGCUUUUAAAUAGUAUAGCAAGUCACAAGCUACUUCCAUGGACUCCUCAAAAUAUUAUUAGUGUGACUCCAGAAACUGAAAGAGAAAUAAUGUUGCAAUAUGAUGUAUUUGGCGACAGUUAUACUGAAAUAUCCACUGAAGAAAACUUGAAAGAACUGUUAUCAAAACUGGAAUCUAAGGUUUCUGUUCAGAAGAUAUCGGUUCACGAAAUGGCAGAUAUGGACAUAGAACUGUUUUCAGGACCAAGUCCAAUGGGAAUUUUUAGGCUAUGCAUUGCAUACUUUCAUAUGCCCUCUGAGGAUGACUUUGAAGCCUUUUGUGUAAGGAAGAGUCUUGAACUGCAGAAAUUAGAUUUUGAAUAUUACGGGGGAAUAGUGAGCACCAUGAUUGAUGAUGGAACUACACAUGCUGUUGUACACUUUGUACACUCAAGGUAA